AUGAGAAAUACAUCUGAUGGCAUAUGGAAAGUGAAUUUAAUAUUAACAGAUGAUAGUGACCAACAACUAAAAGAUCUUACUCAUCAUAUGCGUAAUGGAACAAGUGGAGCAACUGGUUGGCAUAGAUUAGGUUCAUUAAUGACUGCUAUGGGUCAAUUUGAUAAGGCUGAAGAAUUUUAUGUUUCAGCAUUUGAAAUGACACCUGAUAAUGAUUUGAAAGAACUUACUCAUCUUCAUCAUAAACUAGGACGUAUUCAUGAUGAGAAAGGUGAUCUUGAAGCAGCUCUUUUUCAUUAUAAAGAAACGCUUAGUAUUCAAUUAGGAGAUGUUCCUAGAGAUGACCCAAGUCUUUCAUUGACAUACCACUGGUAUUGGUUCGGUUCUUAUGACUCAAUAUGA